UACAGCGAGCGUGGUCACGGGGAUGCAGUCAAACCGAGACUAUAUAAACGCUAUGUAGAUGACACCUUCACAAUACUCCCCACUGAACAUAUACCUGCAUUUUUAGAACAUCUUAACUCCAUACAUAAAAACAUCCAAUUUACCAUGGAGUUAGAAACUAACAACCGUCUAGCCUUUCUUGACAUUUUAAUAAUGAGGGGACGGGAUGGCAUGCUCAACCAUACAGUGUAUAGGAAAGCCACUCAUACUGAUAGGUACCUCAAUGGUGAAUCUCACCACCACCCUUGCCAACUAGCUUCUGUCGGUAAAUCUUUGUUUCAGAGAGCCCGCCACCUCUGUGAUGCUGCCCACCUCAGCGGGGAACUGCAGCAUGUCAAGUGGGUACUACGUAACAACAAGCUGCAGGCGCCUCCACAGCAUCACAGGAGUCGAACGAAGCCACACACAGUUGAAAGACAACCGGCCUACCUACCAUAUGUGAAGGGAGUUACUGACAGAAUUGGAAGAAUCCUAAGACGAGCUUCAAUUAAAACUAUAUAUAAGCCGCACAAGAAGAUAAACCAAUUCUUGAGACCAAUUAAAAGUAAUAUUCCUCUACAAGAAGCAGGCGUGUACAAGUUAGACUGUGAUUGUGGUCUCUCAUACAUCGGCCAAACAAAAAGAAGCAUUGCUAACCGACUGAAGGAGCACAUUGCGGAUAUCAAGCAUCGGCGUCACAAAAAGUCUGCGGUAUGUGAACACACACUGGACAACAACCACUUCAUAAGAUUUGACCAACCACAAAUCCUUGCCAGAGAAAAUAAAUUUUUUCCAAGACUUGUGCGCGAGGCUAUUGAAAUUAAAAAACAUCCAAAUUUCAAUAGAGAAGAUGGUUUGAAACUCUCUAACACCUGGGAUCCUGUUAUUAAGAAUUUAAAAUCCCAUGUCAAACGUACCAAAAGACUAGAAGACACGAUCAGCCAAUACUGCCAACAUCCGGAAAAAUACUCCACAUACCAACUACGGAGGAAUAGGUGGAGGUAGUUUACAAAUAACAAUUUUUGAAUGACCGUCAAGACGUACAACAUCUCAGUCUCCCCGUGACCACGCUCGCUGUAAAGUGUUCGAAACGUCGGGAAAAUAAUAUAAUGAUUAAA